AGUCCAAACAACAUCCUCAAAACACAAACAGAGUUACAUCAUAACAUAACCAAAUAUGUACCCUUAUUAGUGGCACCUCACCUUCCUCUGGCACACCAUGUUUUACUCCAGCAAAGAAUGCAUCCAGGAGAAGGAGUUCAAAGUAAAACACGCAGAGAAUGAGAAACAUCCCACCCCUCCGUUUGGGUCCUGUAAAUUUAACAGCUUUCCGCAGGAUGCUGUUGUCUUUAAUCUCUCCAUGAAAGGCUCGAUUUCUGAACGCAGGUUCGGCAGAGCGUUGUUCCCGACUUGACUCUGCGGGAUGGUUUGGUAGUGGAGAGCUUAAUGGAGGGCAACAUUCCAUGCAGGCACACAAACACAUGCACACGAGAGAGCCGUCCACACAAAAACAAACCUUUAACGUAAUCAGAAGCAGGUUGGAUGAGGAAGGCUGACCGAGACGUGGACCUUUUUAACAACCUGAUGACCUCAAACAACUACAGAUGAUUUGUGGUGGGACAUGAAAUGCACCUGUGCUCCUCUUAUGUAACAGCAGACACAUAAAAACCAUGUGUUUGCAAGUCUUAAUUUACUCCACUAAUGAUGUGUGUUUGCAUGUGUGUGUUUUUUUUCCUUCUCUCAGGAAGUAGCCGAGCCGCUGCAGGAUUUGAAGGAGGGUAUGGAGCAGCUGGAGAAGAACAAAACUCUGCGUUACAUCCUCUCCACGCUGCUCUCUAUCGGGAACUUCCUCAACGGCACGAACGUGAGUCACGGCUAUAACAUGUUCACAUCAUUAUACUGCUGCGUAAUGACAAGCUGCUUUUGUAUGUGAAAGUACUGGCUCAUAAUUGUAGCAAUGGUGAUUUAAAACAAGUUUAAAGUUUCCAAGUCUGUAAUUUGUGGAUUAAAAAUUAAAUCACGUAUUAGCGACUUCAGUGUGGUGAGAACAGAUGCAUCUAUUACACACUACAAAGAUUCAUGUGUCUUUUAUGAUUUUUAAGUAAUCUGUGUGUCCAUGCAUGCAGGCCAAAGGCUUCGAGAUGACAUAUUUGGAGAAGGUUCCAGAGGUGAAGGACACGGUUCAUAAGCAAUCUCUGCUCCAUCACGUCUGCUCGGUGGUGGUGGAGAACUUUCCUCAGAGCACCGACCUCUACUCAGAGAUAGGAGCCAUCACCCGCUCUGCAAAGGUACAGUCGAGAGUGUCUAUACAUUAUUUUGGAAAAACGCUGGUAGAUUUGUUUUUCAAGCUGGCUCAGUUUAAAAACAUACUUUAACAUAAUAAAUUUAAAAAUAUGAGGCACCGAAAGACUGAAGAAAUACUGUCUAAAUUUAAUCUUUACACUGAGGCAGAUUCUAAUCACUGUGAUUGACACAUCCACAGAAACAACCAUGAUUUCACUUCACACGAAGGAAGCUUUAAACAUUAAUGCCCUUUUGAAACUUCUAAAACCAGGAGUUUCUCUUUUUUGACAUUAUUUAACAGUAAAGUCAAAGAAGAGAGCCCUGGAUUAUACUGAUGUGUUAAAAAGCAUAGUGACAUAGAAAGGUGUUGCUGGGGGUUGGAUAUAGGUACCAGGUGUAGUUCAGGUUCUGAAUGUGCAGAGUAGAGAUGUGAGUAGGACAGAGAGAUGGCUUCAGAUAGGUGUUGUUUGCCUCCUGAAAUAUUCAUAUGUAUGAUUAUAGUAUGAUAUCAGCCGAGCAUUUGUUAUUGGUCAUUUUCUAGCUGUGCGCUGUUUGUUUACUGAUCUGUGUUGGCAAAAGAAAGAGAAACACAAUCAAAUAAAUGGGUCAUACUAAAGUUUAGAAAAUAAAAUAAACAAAAGAAAGGAAAAAAAGGACGCAUAAGCAGAGUAAUAAUUGCCGUGGAUAUUUAAUCCUCUAGAUGGCAAAGGUGCAGAGAAAAAACAGCAGCAGGUAGUAAUUUCAAAAUAUCAUCUCCACUACUGUCUUUGUCACCAUUAUUGACGGUGUUGUUAUUACCGUAAUUGCCAUUUACAUUAUAAUUCACAUCAUUGUUCUCAAUUUUAUCAUUCUCUUUUCAAUAUUACUUUUCAAAAAUGCACCCAAAAGCUCUAUAAGAACGUUUGUACAAGUCAAAUAAUUAAUUGAUGAAAUUUGUAGGUUGGGGGCGCUGGCUCACACCGGCUGGAUGUGUUUGUGAUAGUUAUUUUCUCAGAAGAAGAGGGUUUGGGAUUGCUUCAAAGUGUUGAGAUCGGUCUCAUGGAAAGGCUGAUAGUUGUUUCUUGUAUAUGAAAAGCAGUGGUCCCAAAAAAUGGGUGUCUAUCAGUCUUCCAAAGAUUCAUAGUGCAUAAUUCAGAUGUACUCAACUGAAAAUUGUCAUUUGAAUUAUUAAAAAAAAUGUGUUAGACGGACCUAAAAUCUUAAGUUUUUAUUUUAAACCAGCAUCCAUAUUUUAAACAUUUACAGAGUUAUUGUCUCAUUAAUGUCUGAAUAAACCCUAUGAGUUUAUGAUGCAUAGAUGUAGAAAACUUAGUUUGUAUCUUUAUCUCCCCGCUAGGUGGAUUUUGACCAGCUUCAAGAAAACCUGUGUCAGAUGGAGCGGCGCUGCAAAGCCUCAUGGGACCACCUGAAGGUGAUCGCCAAGCAUGAGAUGAAACCUCAGCUGAAACAGAGGAUGUCUGACUUCCUCAAAGACUGUGCAGAGAGGAUCAUCAUCCUUAAGAUCGUUCACCGAAGAAUCAUCAACAGGUAGUUUAACUUACUCUUUUUGCAGAAAUCUGAGCAGCAAGUCUCUAGUCCCAUCAGUUUGCUCAAAAGUAGUCAUAGGAAUCUCUUUUUAUGUCUUUAUGCUACCUGCAGUUUAGCGCAGCAUGAUCAAUGUCUUAUUGAAACUUUUAAUUUGAAUUUAAAGUAAUUACGUAAUUUGAUUAUGCCAAAUUAAACAGAAAAAUCAAUAUAUGGCAAAGACUGAAUACAGACUGGAUUAUAUUCGGCUAGUGUUGUUAAGUAAAAAUUCAUAAUGUGGUGUAACAGUGAAAAGAAUAUAGGUAUUGGUAUAUAAAAGUGUGUAUAUUAAAUUUUAAUUUCAUUGCUUAAGUGCAAUGAGGUUCGAUGACACUUAGGACUGUUUAUUUUAUGUUUAUUCUAAUAUACAUUAGAGACAAUACCAUAACCUCACUCUUUUUCUCCUCCUCCUCCAGGUUCCAUUCGUUCUUGUUGUACCUCGGUCACCCCACGUACAGCGUAAGAGAGACCAGCGUCCACAGGUUCAGCAAAAUAAUCAGUGAGUUUGCGCUGGAGUAUCGAACCACCCGUGACCGCGUGCUGCAGCAGAAGCAGAAACGAGCCGACCAUCGAGAACGCAACAAGACCCGGGGGAAGAUGAUCAUAGACGUCAACGCUCCUGUGAGCAUCACACACACACACACACACACACACACACAGGACCCAUCAGCGACAGACACACUUAAACUUUCAGAUCUCUUCUCUGCCUUUUUCUUUGCAUAUCUGAGCUACAUACUCCUUUUCCUUUAAUUUUCUUUGUUAGACUUUGACUUUCACUCUUUUUUCUCCUGUAGUCUGAUGAUGAAGAGGAGAGUGAGGUAUCAACCUGUGUGCUAGCUGUCUGCAUGUGUGUGUGCGUGUGUGUGCAUGAAACCUUUAACCUGCAUCUCUUUACCUGAAGGUCCUUCUUUUCAUUAGUUUUAACAUCUAAUGAGAGUCAAAGCUUGAGUAGGGAUUUUAAUCUCUACAUGUUGGUUGUUUUACUUUUUCUUGGCAUGUGUGGAGCAAAGUCCAAAAACCCCCAAAACACAAACAAAAACAAAACACAAGCUGCUUAAUUCUCACAAUCUUUGAUUAUAUGUGUCUACCCCCAGUGUGGCCGCCAUGGCUCCAGCAGCAGCAACAGCGCCCCUAGUGGCAGUCAGGAGGGCGAGCAGCCUCAGGGUCUGGGUCACUCUGAAGAUGCCGCAGAGCACGAGAACAUGAAAGCCGUGCUGAGAACCAGCCUAAGCGGCGGGGACAAGGAGGCCAGUGGGGUACCUGGACUUAGGACACGAACGAGAUCCAGACCUGGUCGAGGAGGUAAGGGGGACGAGAAGUUCCGGACAGGGUCACAUAAAGAAGUUAUAGAUGUACUUUAAAGGGAUAUUCCGGCGUAAAAUUAAGUUUGGGUCAAACACAUUGUAACACAGAGUUAGACACCCCCUUGAGAGAUGAAUGUUGCCGACUGCUUGUUUCUCUAGUUAUACCAACUUUAGUAACAACCGCAGGAUAGCAAUACACAGCGGUCUGAGGAGCCAUAAACAAACCUCAACCAAAAAGCUACUCUAUAUGGGGUGUCUAACUCAGUGUUACCGUGUGUUUGACCCUAAAUUCAUUUUAUGCCGAAAUGUCCCUUUAAAGACUUAAAAAUGACUUUUGUUAUUCUGCCGUAUGUGUUCAGGCCGCACUGUGCAGGCAUGGACGCCAGCCGUGGAGGAUGCUCUGGUCUGUGGAGAUGACGCAGCAGACGAGAUUAUGGAGCGUAUAGUGAGGUCAGCCACCCAAGGUCCAGGAACCAGAGCACAGCCCAGAGAGAGGAGGAGGUCCAGGGCCAAUCGCAAGUCAUGUAAGCCACCAUUUCUGAUCCUAAUCCAUACAGCAAAGGCAAACGUCAGAGUUUUUAAUGUUUUGAUUAAAGGGAGAAAAAACACAGUUGUUAGAAACUUUUUUAUUAUGCUAAACCAUUACUGAAAAUUAACAGUGUCUCAAUUUGUCUUUUCCUGUCUUCCUGCAGUGAGGCGGACUCUGAAGAACGGCCUGACCCCAGAAGAAGCUCUUGCAUUAGGACUAGCUGAUUCACCUGAUCCACCUGAUAUGUGAUCAACAAACCUCAAGCCUAUCCUUGUUGUCAUAGAAACACAGGCACCGUCAUAAACGCGGCGUCUUCAUCAGCCUCCCACCUGUUACAGAGUGGUAUUCCACCGUUUGCAAACACAAUGAGGUUCUUACCAGCUGCUUAUUUUGCCUAUCGUGUCUGAGUGAUGAAUCUGCAGCCAUAUAGUGUUUUUAAUGCAAAAUGAAGCAAAAGAGGAACUUACGAAAGAGAAAUUUUCAAAUAGGAAAGAUUACAUUUGGUGACACUGCAACUGAACUGAGGUGAAACAUUUGUUAUUUAUGGAAACAUAUAUUUAAAAUGUUGCAUUAGGCCAAAGGGAUCAUUUUGGCUUGGGGGUUUUUGCAGCUGUGACUUCACCAUUUUUUCAUUUAUUUAAGCUGUGAAUUUCAGUUGCAAAGAUUAACAGGCUGAAAGGGCAGUUUCAUUUGAUGUCUCAUUUUGCUUUUAAAUACCCGAGAGAUCAGCUCAAACAAAGAGGCUUACUGAGAAUAAUCCUUUUGUACAAAGGCAAAUGUUUGCUUCUGCAGCCGCAGGUUUGACAAGUGACAAGUGUGGAUGUGUCGUAGGAUCGUGAAAGGUUCUCAUUCUGAUGUGUGCCUUUCAUUUAAAAGGGACUAUGCUGUACCUUUAGCUUAUCCCUCUCUCUUGCUUUACGCCUUUCCUACUUCUCAGAUGACUCACACACGUCACAUUUACAGCCAUUGUUUUAUUCAUACGAUUGUUGAUCUCCAGUAACUUUGUUAUUUUGGCAAAAAGUGUUGUCAGUAUUUAUUUGCAAAGCUCAGAUAUCUUGCACCUUACUAAACACUAAAAGUUUCUCAAAGUGAUUCAAAACUCAGAAAAUGACGUUUAAAUCUCAGAGGAUUUUUUUGUAAAGUGUAAAAAGUCAAAAAAAGAUGAAGACAUUUUUUUUUAAUUUUAAUAAACUAUUUUGAAGGACAUGCAGGAAAUUCUGCAGAAAAUGUGUAAAUGCCCUUUUCAGCUGCCAGGUACUAAGUUCUGUAGUACAGUGUGCAUGUUCAGUGCGGUUUAUGUGAUGUAUUAUUUUUGUAAUUUCUGUAGAAACUUGUAUUAUAGUCUGAGAGAAAAGGUUAAAGAUGCUGUUCUGUGAAUUGUAAUAAAAGAUAAAAGGAAAUAAAAAAAAUAUGUUGGGAGUUGAAACCUGUUUUCAAAGUAUCUCAGUGUGCUCAGAGAGGAGAGCAUUAUCUGGACUUUGUCUUUGACCUAGGUUUCCACAUUGUACUUUGUAUGAACUUGGACAGGUUGCGGAUCUUUGAAAAACCAGCUGAAUCAUGGGCUCCCCACAGAUUUCAACACAAACUGGGAAACAUACCUGCAGAAAUAUAAUGUGGGCCGAACAUGAAACCACGGUUGCAAACACUUUCACUUGAAAUGCUGUGUAUACACAAUCUGCAAUAAAAAAUGAAAACCAUGGCGUGAAACUUGA